CCGGCGGUGGGGCGGAGAGAGGGCGGAGCUCGGGCCCCGGGGCUCCGGCCUCGGGGGCGGGGCCCCGGCCACCCAAGCGCUUUCCUCCGGCGCGUUCCACCCUUCCGGCUCCGAGUUCCAUUCACCGCCUCCACCUUCCGCCUGGUGCCGGCUGUCUGCGCGACCGUCGCCGCUUUCCAUCGUCGCGCGGUCCUUGCGGCGCCCGAGCCCGCAAUGUCGGGCCCCAACGGGGACCUGGGCAUGCCGGUGGAGGCGGGCGCGGAAGGCGAGAAUGACGGCUUCGGGGAAGCAGAAUAUGCUGCCAUCAACUCCAUGUUGGACCAGAUCAACUCCUGUCUGGACCACCUGGAGGAGAAGAAUGACCACCUCCACGCCCGCCUCCAGGAGCUGCUUGAAUCCAACCGGCAGACGCGCCUUGAAUUCCAGCAGCAGCUCGGGGAGGCCCCCAGCGAUGCCAGCCCCUAGGCUCUGGGAGCUCCCAGCCAGGCCCCAACCCUGCCUCCCUGAGCCAGGCUCUGGCUGAGCACUCACUGCCUGGCUUAGGUACCUUCUCGAAGGCCGGCCUACAGAUCUCCCGCUGGUCUGCCUGCCUAGGCCGCCCUUCUGGUCCUUCCCUUGGCGUGCCUGGGCCGGCCUCCCCACCUGCCGGCCUCCCCCUCCUGGGGCCAGGGGUGGGCCUGCACCCAUCCACCUUGCCUGCCUGCCCAACUCCUGGACAUUUCCCACUCUGCCCAGGCCUUGAGUGUCCACAUUAAAUGGGUCUCCAAAACCA